AUGUCCACUGAAUUGACUGUUCAAGCUGAAAAAGCUUUCCAAAAGCAACCUCACAUCUUCACCAACCCAAAAUUCAAGACAUCUAGAAGAACCAAGAGAUGGUAUAAGAAUGUUGGUCUAGGUUACAAGACCCCAAAGACCGCUAUUGAAGGUUCCUACAUUGACAAGAAAUGUCCAUUCACUGGUCUAGUUUCCAUCCGUGGUAAGAUUUUGACCGGUACCGUCGUUUCUACCAAGAUGCACAGAACCAUUGUCAUCAGAAGAGAAUACCUACAUUACGUUACAAAGUACAACAGAUUCGAAAAGAGACACAAGAACGUCUCCGUCCACGUUUCUCCAGCUUUCCGUGUCCAAGUCGGUGACAUCGUUACUGCUGGUCAAUGUAGACCAAUCUCCAAGACCGUCAGAUUCAACGUCAUCAAGGUUGCUGCCGCUCCAGGUAAAUCCAACAAGCAAUUCUCCAAGUUCUAA